UUGAAGUAAGAAGUAAGCCCCACUCUUUUGCUUGUUUAUAAGUAGUUAUUUAUAAGUAGUGAAUGUAUAAAAUAAAUUCUUUUAAAAUUAUUUCUGAGUUAUUGUAAUAAUAUUUUAAAUUAAAAAUGUCCGGAUUUGAACGUUGGGUUGGCAAAGUUGCUAUUGUAACGGGGGCCAGCAGUGGGAUUGGGGCUGAUAUUGCAGAAAGGCUGGUCAAGGAGGGUCUUAAGGUUGUCGGCCUGGCUCGUAGAAUAGAAAGAGUGGAAGCCCUGUCAAAAAAACUAUCGAGCGAAAGAGGCAAGCUGCACCCUAUCAAAUGCGACAUGUCGAAGGAGGAAGAAAUUCUCGCUGCUUUCGAGUGGACAAAACAAAACGUAGGCCAUGUGAGCAUCCUGAUAAACAACGCAGGCACCGCUCCACAGAGCACUUUGAUCGGAGGCGAGACGGCCGCGUGGCGGCAAAUUUUCGACGUUAACGUCGUCGCGAUUUUGAUUUGCACCCGCGAGGCGGUCAAAGGGAUGAAGGAGAAUUCCAUCGAUGGGCACAUCGUUAAUAUUAAUAGCGUGGCCGGGCAUUACCCCCACUAUUUACCAGAUUGUAGCGUGUAUUCUGCCAGUAAACAUGCCGUUACGACUUUAUCGGAGAAUUACAGGAGGGAGUUUCAUGCUAAUAACCUCAAAAUUAAGGUUACGAGCGUCAGUCCAGGGUUAGUAGAUACUGAAAUGCCUUCGGACAAGUUUUUGAAAAGUAUGGUCAGUUUAAAAGGUGAAGAUAUCGUCGAUGGUGUUAUUUAUGUUCUGUCGACCAAACCGCAUGUUCAUGUCCCUGAAUUGAUGAUACGUCCUUAUGGUGGAGAAUAUUAAAAUAGAAAGUUUUUUUGCCAAUAACAUUAUAAAAUGUAAAUAUAUAAAAAUACAUAUUAUAUUAUAUGCAUCCAAUUAUUAAAAAAACAUCUUGGAACUGAAUAAAAUGUACCUACUUAAUAAACAA